CUGCAGUCAAUCUUUCAUCAUCUCAGAUAGACCAGUCACUGAAGCAAUGGGUGCCUUAUAUUGUGUCACCAUCGUCAUAUGUGCAACAUUGGCUCUUGCCAGGGCGGAUCUCGAUCCCGCGAGCAGACAUCACUGGGACAGAAGAGACUCAGAUCUUUCCGGAGCUACCAUCUUCACCAAUUUCACCGUGAAGGGAUGUCGUCAACUUUCUGCGGCACUUCCUCAGCAGGCUUUUCCUGUGGGAUCUGCAAGCUAUAUUGCCGAACAAAAUGAAAACCAAAAUUGGUCGCAAAGCUGCGUCCAAACUCCGCAAUGCCUGUUGGAGCCUUCGACUGCCAAGGAGCUUUCCACCGCGAUCAAAUCGCUUGUGAGCUCGAAUACGAAGUUUGCAGUCAGAUCUGGAGGCCACAUGCCCGUUCCAGGUACCAACAGUAUUACGAAUGGCGUGCUCAUAACAAUGAGUGCGUUUGAUACUUUGAGUCUUUCUGAUGAUCACACGAUCGUCAGUCUGGGCGCUGGCCUUCGCUGGCAAGAAGUAUACUCCUUCCUUGCUCCCUACAACCUCAUUACCCCAGGUGGUCGUUAUGGACACGUCGGCGUUCCUGGUCUUCUUCUCGGUGGUGGUAUAAACUACUUCGGUAAUACCAUUGGGUGGUCUAUGAACAGCGUCGUCAACUACGAAGUCGUUCUUGCAAACGGCACCAUCGUCAAUGCUAAUGAAAAGACCAACAAGGCCCUCUGGUGGGCUCUGAAGGGUGGUUCAAGCAAUUUCGGCAUCGUGACACGAUUUGACAUGAAGACUUAUCCCAGCGCAGAGGUCUACGGGGGUCUUGCGGUCUUCCCGGAUUCGGCAUUGGAUGCCUUUGCAGAUGCAUGUGUCAAUUUCAUGAACCCUAACGGGGGUGGCAUUUCAGAUACACCAACGACCAUUGACCCCUCGAUUGGUAUCAAUCCGAGCACUGGUUCACUGAGUCUCUUCGGUAUCUUUUUCCGUAAUGGUAGCGAUCCUGCGCCAAGGUCUCUGGCAAACUUCUCAGGUCUGCCAGCAAGUAUCUCUACACUUGGAGUCAGGCCUAAUUUUAACACUUUUGCUACGGAUGGAUCCAGCGAUCUCUUCAACGACAGAUCUUUGAGACGUACUUUCUACACCAUUGGCAUGAAAGCGACCCCAGAGACGGCAAGGAUUGCAUACAACACAUUCAUGUCUGGCGCAAAAGCCCUGACUGUUGACGCAUCGUUGUUCCUUACAUACCAGCCCAUCUCGAAGUCAUGGAUCACUGCUGCGAAACAGAAAGGAGGUGACGCCUUUGACCUAGACCCUUCGAACGGGAACCUCAUGGCACUCGAAUUCUCUGCGUCUUGGGCAAGCGCUGCGGACGACAGUAAAGUCCUUGGCUUUUUUGGCAAGACAGCAGCAGAUAUAACCUCACAAGCAAAAAAGCUGGGCAUGGGUUACGAUUUUGAGUACCUGAACGAUGCUGCCACCGGUCAGAAUCCAUUCCCUACAUAUGGCGGUGGAAAGUCGUUGCCAAAGUUGCAGAAGAUUGCGAGGGAUCUUGACAGUAAGGGAGUGUUCCAGAAGCUGAUGCCAGGAGGCUUCAAGAUUUUCAAGUAGAGUGAAGAGUGGCUAGUCGAAAUGGGUUGUUAUGUAUUGACCACGUAUGAAGAAAUUCCUUGUGCUUGCCAAACA